AUCAAAUUGACAACGUGGUAAAGACGAGCUAAAUACCCCAAAAAUAUAGCGUGCGGCUAAUUGUAACACUGGAUCAAAGACAAAACGCCAAGCAAUCGGUCAGCUGAAUAAUUUUAAAUAAAAAUUUCAAAGAUAUGAAGCCUCGAAUGUCUCCGAAAUAUAAUUGAAAACCUCAUUUGAAAACGAAGAAACAAGUUGUCUAUCAAAGUUAACAAGUAUUGACAUACUUGUAAAUAGGGGUAGUUGGCACAGCUGACAGACUCAGAAUGAACAGCAUUACAAAGUUUCCGAUUGGCCAAGUCACGAUGUACGUGAAUAAUCAAAUCAAGAAAAAAAGAAUCUUUUAUAUAAAUCAACAAUUUUAAAGGAGCUCAGACAUCGACGAAGACAGGCCGCAACGCAUAUCAACACCGCGGAAAAGCUUACCCAGGAAAAGCUCUUGAAAAUCGUCAUUUCAAAAACUGUGGCCUGCAUUUGUACUCAUCGGAAAACUAGACAUUUGGUGAUGUAACAGAUCGACAAACGUAUUUUCAACACAUUUAUGCAAAUAGACUGAACUGAAAGAGCCAGUGGCAGGGAAAGCGGGAGAGGUUUCGGUGACAACUUAGAGUUAAUUUGAGCGGAUAGACGAUAACACAGUUUACCCAACUGGCAAUAGUGAAAACAACGACUACCAGGUGGUUGGACGAGGUGGAAAACUCGCGCUGACAGAUGUCUUUAACCAGCAUGAAUUUUACGGAAAACUUCACUACUCCUGCAAGUUCUACUGCACCACCCCGAUCACAUUCCCAAGCCAGCAUCAUUGCCUCAGCGACAUUUAACACGAUUGUCAUGGUACUAACCAUAGUUGGAAACUCUCUUGUUUGCCUCAGUGUUUAUUAUUUCCCUCGCCUUCGCAGGCCCACCAAUUUCUUAAUUGUGUCUCUCGCGGUAAGUGACCUGCUGGUGGGAUCUUUGUCGCUGCCCUUCAGAAUCGCACAGACGAUAAACCAGGAGAGCUGGCCAAAAAGUCUGGGUCCCGCUGGCUGCCAGUACUGGAUUUGGAUCGACAUGGUAUGCUGUGGUGCCUCUAUACUGAAUCUAACAGGAAUCAGCUUCGAUCGACUCCUUGCUGUAAAAUGGCCGCUUACGUACCACGAGAACAUGACCACCAAGCGAGCUACUUUGAUUAUUGUAAUAGUCUGGGUCUUCGCAUUGGUUGUUGCCUGUUUGUCGUUCGUGAAGUGGGGCGGAAACGAAACAAUCAUCAUAAAACCCCAAUGCUCCAUACAGGCUAAAAUAUAUAUUACCAUAUUAGCCGUUGCCGCGUUCUUCUUCCCGUUAACCGUUCUUAUUUUCAACUACGUCCUGGUUUUGAAGAUCGCCAUUCAGCACGCGAGACAGGUGCAGAAAGAUAGGGAUGCUAUAGCCAUGAACUUUUUGGCUGAACAGGACGCCAACGAAGAUACCAGUGGGAUCACCAGCUCACCCGCAUCCAGCAAUAGAGGAAUAACAAUAGGGAAGCGGAGUAGUGAACCGCUCACUGAUUCGAAACCGCGACGCUCGUCAGGACUACAGAUCAUGAAGCAACUCAAGGCCACUAAAACGUUGGCAAUUGUGGUGGGAGUCUUUAUUCUCUCGUGGUUUCCAUUUUUUGUGAUUUUCAUCACUUCGCAAUAUUGCCUCGAGUGCUUCGAAAGUCUGCCGCUAGAAAGCGUCACAGUUUUAGUCAUAGUGUUUGUGAACGUUUUACCAGUGAGCAAUUCUGCAGCAAACCCUAUUAUUUACACGUGCUUUAACAAGGAGUUCCGUACUGCCUUCUUACGUGUUAUCUACAAGUUUUUACGGAAAUCAGGCGGUGAACUAAUGUCAAAGUCAAACGGCCAUACCGAUACAUACACUUCUUGCACGUAAUUUUUGAAGAGAUAUGGAUGCAGGUACCUUUAAUUUUAAACAAGUUAACUUUUUAUUUAGCAUAGUUUUUAUGUAUUUGGGUCCAAAGACCUAGCCGCUGUAAGAUUUCCUGAAUUGUCCCGAUCUCUAUUGAUUUCCUGACGAUUGUGAAAGACUGAGCGAUCAAGUUAACCCUUGCUCGGCGCAAACUAGGUUAGAGCGAGAACAUUGUGGUCGUUUUAAUUGUGCGGGUCAUGUCAGAUCGUUUGGUCUUCUUUUGGUCCUGAUCACUUGAGUAUUAUCUGGCACAAUCGUGGCAUGGAAACCGAGCUUAAGUGAAAAUACCCGAAACCUUUCAAAAGUAUUCGUAUAGAAAAAAGAUCAUACCAAAAAAGAUGAGUGUUAAUGAGCCAUUAUCUGAAGCAAGAACAGUGUUUUGCUUCGACGUUUUGAAUGGUUAUUACGACACAAACCAAAUUAUAAGCCCUUUGCAAGUGCAAAAGAUCUCUAGAGAUUUCAAUUGUUUUAUUUUUACGCGCAAAUUUAUUUCCAGUUUUGUCGCUCUGUUUCAAGUCAAGUCUGUUAAAUAAUGUCAAUCAAAUCAUAAGGCGAUGCAAACUCGCUUACAUUCUGAACAACUGAAUUACAUAGAUUCAUGAGAGUUUACUUGAAAGUCGCGUUGCAAUUAUUUCAGGGACAUAGAAAUUGCCUUUGUUCUAUUAACAAGGUAAUGAUGGUUGUGACUGCUUCGUCAAUAAUGGCAUACUCAAACGUUGUCAAAACAUCGGUUUAUAAUUAAAACACCGUGCCUUUGGACUGGACAUUAAAAGUUUCGAUUUGGGACCUCAGUCAUGGUUCUUUAAAUGUAUCAUAUCUUACUGGCAGGUCACACGAAAGAAAUUGAAAAACAGAAAUCUGGUCAACAACUAAGACCACUCAAGCGGGAUAAUCAAGCACAGUUAAUAUGAAAAGUGAUCGAAGGCGGGUAAAUGUAACAUCAAUGGCUUGUAAUGAAUUUUUUAGGCUACAUAAAUGGAGGCUUCAUGGUGAGCUUGAUAAAACGAGAUAUAAAUCAGAGGGAAAUGAAUUAAAAUAAACAGUGGGAUCUCCAAAAUUUGCGGAAAGGACCACUCGAAGUCUACCUUUCUGCACGAAAUCGUAAGAUUCUAAACUUAGACCGAUUGUGAACGGUCGCUCAUCAGUUUAAUUCGUUCAAUUUUUCGUUCUUUAACAGAAAUCAUUGCCACUCGCUCAAAUAAACGAACUUUAGAUCUUACUUUCGACAGAUUCUUUCGUUUGAAUUUGUUUAUCAUCAAACAAAUAGAAGAGCGUUCAGAAAGAAGAAAAGGAAUAGGCAUAAUAUCUGACUAAGUAACUGGAAUUUUAUCGUGCAUUUUGUGAUUUUUUUCUGCGCGCAAAUGCAAGAUAAUGGGAGAGGGGUGCUAACAACGAAACGGUAGAAAUGAUUAGUUGAAGUCACACGAAGCGCUCUCUUAGAAUGCUUUAAUGGUAGUCAGGCGACCGUGGUCUCUUUUUUAAAAGCAAUUAACCUAAUAAAUUAUGUUAAGUGUCAAGGGGCGCUUGAAAAGAAAACGAAGGUUACACCCACCAAGAAUUACUAUGAUUGUCAUUUGUGAUUAAGAAGCGACCCAGGACAUUUCAUUAAUUGUUAACAAUUAUUUUAAAACUUUUGGCUGUUUUCAACUGGUUUUAAUUUUAUACCUUUCUCUGAUGCUUUUAUAAAUAGGUUCUUCCUUAGAACAUGUAACUUUCAAAUGGGGCAGUUUAAUUAAAAUUCAGGUUAAUCUGCCUUGCCUUUGCCGUAUUGUUAAUAAAUGGAGCAGUUAUCAGCCUGGCUGGAAGAA